UUCUAUAUAGGUACUCCGUACUCCGUGAGCUGUCUAGUGCUCCCGAUUGCUCCCAUUCUCAGUUGAUUAGUCUCACUCCGUGGUGGUCUUGCAGUUCUGCACAAUUUCAGCACUCUCGGAGGUUAAAUUAAUUGAAUAGAAACACAAUUCACCAAUUUUCGGCAUCGGUUUACAAAUUUACUUCUUCAAACAACUAUAUAAUAGUACUAUGUGGGGGGACUCUUUGUUGAUAGUAUUUAUUUCAAUAUGUACUGCUUUUCUUGGAGAAGGUCUCACUUGGAUAUUAGUUUAUAGAACAGAAAAGUAUCAGAAAUUAAAAGUCGAAGUAGAACGGCAGAGUAAAAAAUUGGAAAAGCGAAAAGAAGCGCAUGGAGACUCCUUGGAUAAACAGCACAAAAAAAAGAUUGAGCGUGAAGAAGAAAGGCUGAAAAAUAACAAUAGGGAUCUCUCCUUAGUAAAAAUGAAAUCAAUGUUUGCAAUUGGCUUUGCAUUUACUGCUUUGUUAAGCAUGUUUAACAGCAUAUUUGACGGUAGAGUAGUGGCUAAAUUGCCAUUUUAUCCUAUUUCUUGGAUUCAAGGUCUAAGCCACAGGAACUUGCCUGGUGAUAAUUACACUGAUUGUUCCUUUAUAUUUUUGUACAUUCUAUGUACAAUGAGCAUAAGGCAAAACAUUCAAAAGCUAUUAGGAUUUGCUCCAUCAAGAGCUGCUUCUAAGCAAGGUGGUGCAUUGUUUGCGGCUCCCCCAGCUCAAUUUAAAUAGAUAAUUUACACAACAACUUUAAUUUCAGCUGAAGUGUAGAUAAUUAACAAGUAUUUAUAAUAGGAAUGUCAAUAACCUUGUAUUUCUAAAAGUUUUGAGAAAGUUUGUUUUGUAAUUUUGGCAGUGUUAUUUAGUUUUCACAAAACCUUGCAAACAUUUGGCAAAUUUUA